GCCAUGUAAACAGAGGAAAACAAAACUCACCAUCUUCAUUUUUUCAGAGAUCCCAAAAAGAACCAGAGAGAAGAAGACGAACUCUGCGAAAACGAUGCCGUAUUACACCAACGACGACAAUGACGUCGACGAUUUCACCGAAUACGAUCCGUUGCCGUAUAGUGGAGGCUAUGACAUCACCGUAACAUACGGCCGCUCAAUUCCACCGUCCGACGAAACUUGUUACCCUCUCUCGUCUCGCUCCGGCGACGCGUUUGAGUAUCAGCGACCUAACUUUUCUUCAAACCACGAGUCUUCUGCUUAUGACGACCAAGCUCUUAAAACCGAGUACAGUAGCUAUGCCCGACCCGGACCCGUUGGAUCUGGAUCCAGUGGAUCUGAUUUUGGCCGGAAACCUAAUUCUGGUUAUGGCGGAAGAACGGAGGUUGAGUAUGGCCGGAAACCUGAAUCGGAGCACGGAUCUGGCUAUGGUGGGAGGAUUGAGAGCGAUUACAAGAAACCUAGCCAUGGCGGUCACAAGGAUGGUGGUGACGAUAGUCACAAAAAACAUAGUGGUAAGGAUUAUGAUGAUGAAGAUGAGAAGAGUAAGAAGAAGGAGAAGAAGAAGGAUAAGAAGAAAGAUGGUAAUAACUCUGAAGAAGAUGAGUUCAAGAAGAAGAAGAAGAAAGAGCAGUACAAGGAUCAUCAUGAUGAUGAUUAUGAUGAGAAGAAGAAGAAGAAAGAGCAGUAUAAGGAUCAUCAUGAUGAUGAUUAUGAUGAUAAGAAGAAGAAAAAGAAGGACUAUGAUGAUGAUGAUGAGAAGAAGAAGAAGAAAGAGUAUCAUGAUGAUGAGAAGAAGAAGAAGAAGGAUUAUCAUGAUGAUGAUGGUGAUAAGAAGAAGAAGCACUAUGAUUAUGAUGAUGAGAAGAAGAAGAAGAAGGAUCAUCGUGAUGAUGAUGAUGAGAAGAAGAAGAAGCACUAUGAUUAUGAUGAUGAGAAGAAGAAGAAGAAGGAUCAUCAUGAUGAUGAUGAUGAGAAGAAGAAGAAGAAGGAUAAGCACCACAAGGGACAUGACUAAAAGCUUUAUGAUUUGGGAUUGCAUUCUUAUGACUAAAUAAGUAACUUCAAC